ACCCCGAGAAAUGUUUUGAUUCAGCUUAGAAAAGGAUUUUGGUUAGGUUGAUAGCCAGAUAUCCAUAAGGAUACCAUGACUUCAUUCGUGUAUAUUUUAUAAACAACCGAGGAGAACUUGGGAUUGAUUUAGUCAUUUAAAAACUCACACGGUGGCUUAGAAGUUACAAAAAUGGAUGACUUCUUGACUACCGCUCGCCUGGCCUGGGCCCCUGGGCGAGUUAGGAUGGAGUCCCCAUUAGUCAACAGUUACAAGAAGCCUUUCAUCUUCCGUCGGCUCAUAGAAACCUUCUUUGGGGGCUUACGGCUCUUUGCCUCCCAAGAUGUUCCUGUAUAUAUAUAUUUGAUGCAAAUUCUUCUCUUCAGUGGUGCGCCCUUACUCUGCACACUGUUUAUUGCGUUGGAACACCAUGGCCAUGUCACUUUACCUCAAGCAAUAUUCUCAAAUGGUGCAGCUUGCUUGAUCUAUGCCGCCUUCACUCAGGGCCUUGCUUUUUGCCUUCGCAAUAGAAGAUCAAAGUCAAGAGAGAUAGAGCAAAUGAACCUUGCAUCAGAUGAGGAGGUCCUUCUCUUUGAUUCACCCAUCGGUGCCAGGACGUGGGCAUUUCUUAUAAGAGAGAAGCGUUUAAUAGCUAGUAUUAUUGUGCACUCACUUGUUUGUGGGCUUGUCUGUGGAUCGGCUGUAUACUACGUCAGACCAAAGACGAUCCUGGAAUACAAUGUGUCAUGGGGCUUGUCGCUUGCCUACACAAUAAUUGGUCUCAUAACUGUGGGGUCUGGAGUCUGGCCACUGAUUGGUGGACCUACACCUGAACCUGCCCUGUAUCGGCCCCUCCCCUUUGAUCUGGCUCUUCUUUCGCGACCAGUGCACAUCCUCGUCUGUGUUUUGAUUUAUCAUAUUCAUGUUGUCUAUCCACACAUUGUCUGGCUCUCCAUCUUAGACAUGAUCUGCCACAUCAUUUUCAUUUGCUUUUUAAUACUUUGGCUGCUCGGGGUAAUGCCACCCAUAGAUGCAUUCUUAUUCUGGCUGUUGGAACAAUGGAUUGUUGUUGGUUUAGGGGGUUCACCAGUAUGCUCCGAUGGACAUCUAAUUGGCUACUCCUUUUUCGGCACCUUGAGCCUUUUCAACGUAGCCACCAUGCCUACCUUUGACUCAAAACUGAUCGUUGCUGCAAUCUGGGGAUAUUUUUUGAGCCUGGAUUUAGGGUGGAUGAUUGCAUCCCUGCUCUCACACAAUGUCAAGUUCCUCACUGGGAUGUCGGGCAAGUACGAGGAGACGCACCCCGUUGGUGGCAAACUUCUCUGCGCCGUGUCACAUGCCGUCGAGAAUUGACUUUCUUUCUGCCACUGUUCUUCGCUGUCCU